CGCUGUCAGUGCUUGCAGCGAGCGGAAUGCAGCGGCCGGAGGCCUGGCCACGUCCGCACCCGGGGGAGGGGGCCUCGGCAGCCCAGGCAGGGGGUGCAGCGCCGCCCACCCGAGCCACCGAACUGCGGUUUCAGGAACCUUCUCUCUACACCAUCAAGGCUGUCUUCAUCCUAGAUAAUGAUGGGCGAAGGCUGCUGGCCAAGUAUUAUGAUGACACAUUUCCCUCCAUGAAGGAGCAGAUGGUUUUCGAGAAGAAUGUCUUCAACAAGACCAGCCGCACCGAAAGUGAGAUCGCAUUUUUGGGGGGCAUGACUAUCGUCUACAAGAGCAGCACCGACCUCUUCCUGUAUGUGGUGGGCUCAUCCUCUGAGAAUGAGCUGAUGCUCAUGUCGGUUCUUGCCUGCCUGUUUGACUCUCUGAGCCACAUCUUACGGAAGAACGUGGAGAAACGCUGGUUGCUGGAGAACAUGGACGGAGUCUUCUUGGUCCUGGAUGAAAUCGUAGAUGGCGGUGUGAUUCUGGAGAGUGACCCCCAGCAAGUGAUCCAGAAAGUGAAUUUUAGGACUGAGGACAGUGGCCUAACAGAACAGAGUGUGGCCCAGGUUCUUCAGUCAGCCAAAGAACAAAUUAAGUGGUCGUUACUGAAAUGAAGACCUUGGCAUCAAGGCUCCCGGCCCCCAGAGAACCUUUUUCCGGUCCCGGCAAAAGUCCUAAGACUGCAAGA